GGCAAAACGAAAACGGGGUUCUCAAGAACCUCCACCCUAGAAGCAGUUUUCAAAAACCAUCAUUUUCAGCCGCCAAAACGGCGUCGUCGUGUAAACGAAAGGCCUAACUGAUGGGGAAAAAAACACAGUCUUUGAAAAAAACUUUGUAGUGUAAACACCAUCUAGAACCGCCACUGCUGGUAUUUCCUUCAGGAAAUGCUUUUCUCUGCUCUCUGCUCUGAGUCCGCAGUUUGAGGUCAAAAUGAGAAUGGGUGUUGGUCACUGGGUAAUUCAGCCACUUCCUCUCCAAGCCAGUCAGAGGUGAUUUUUGUUCUCUCAAUGAUCUUCAUUUCUUUAAAAUAUGAAGAGACUCCUCUUCCUAGCAGCUGUGACAGUCUGCUGGUUCCUGGUUAAAGCCAAACCUACAAUCAAGAUGAUCCCAAAAUAUGGCCUCAUUUACUGGGGAGACACUGUAAAGCUGAAAUGUAGUGAGAAGCCUUCUGAAUGGCUCUUCAAUGGUGCAACCCUCAAUCCAUCAUACAAGAACCAAACUCUGAUCCUGCCUGCUGUGUCAUCAAACAACUCUGGAAACUAUCAGUGUCGCACUGCAGAGAGGAGCGACAACUUCAACAUUAAUGUCCUGGACUAUCUUCCCCCUGCUUUCCUUACUAUUGUGUCUGGACAUGCAGUGGUCAACAAGAAUGAAUCCUCAUUACUUCAGCUGUUCUCAGAUGGGGGCCUAAAAGACUGGCGCUGCCGUAUUCUCCGAGAUGAUAGAGAGUAUUAUGUGAUGAUUCCAGAAGGUAUGAUGACCGGGAACACCAUCCAGUUUUAUGCUAGAGCUGAAGGAGAAACUCCAGACAUUGCUUGGUGCAAGAAAAAUGGAACGAAGGAUGCAGGCACUAUACGCAGCAAUUCCAUCAGCCUCAGGAGCUCAGCUAUGGAGGUGUUGUUAGAGAUCCCCCCUGAACCAGCUGUGCUGGGAGAGCCUCUGACACUGAGGUGUGAGGUCAGAGGAGGUGCCCAAAUUGAGGCAGCUGAAUUCUACAAGGAUAACGUAAAGCUCGAAUCUGCUUCGGAUGGUUCUUACAAGAUCCCAGAAGUCACUGAUGGAAACGAUGGCUCCUACCGAUGCACAGCCACCUACCGCUACACCUACGUAAAUCCUCAUGGAGCCUUAAAGGAAAAUGUGGCCUCAGAUCCACAAACAUUAAUUAUCAGAGCUGGUCCACGAUCGGCUGUCAUUACUAAGGAGGAAUCAUCUUUACUGUGUUCCUGUUCUGGCUGUCUACCUAAUUCAACAUUCCGUUGGUACCAUCGGGAACCCAAUGCUAUGGACCUUAAAAGGCAUGAGGAGGAGACAAACAGACUCACCUAUGACCAGCCUGGAGAGUAUGCCUGCCGAGCUGUCUGGGGCUACGGGGCCUCUCGCCGCAGUAAAUUCGAAGAUGUCGGGCCAGUUUCGGGUGGUUCCGGCAGCCCAGUGACCUUUCUUGUGGUGGUGCUCAUUAUCGCAGGAUUGCUGUUUGUGGGAAUUGCAUUGCUAUGUCGUAAUAAGCGGCGCGGGCAGUCUGGCCUGCAGGGAGACGUGCCGAUGACGAGGAUGAGGAAGGCCGCCGAGGAGGGCGACGACGAGAAGGAUCCCGCUACGUAGGGUGACCACCUGUCCCGCUUUACGUUGUACUGUAGGCUACAGCAAUUUUACCCUUUGUCCCGCCUCACGCAAAUUGAGCAUCUGUCCCGCUUUUUCAUUCGACCCUGGCCAAUUGAAAAUAAAUACACAGAUACGUCCAUAGGCGUAGUGUUAACUUAUGUCCAAUAGUUUAGUGCAAAGCAAUAAAAUCGGUAGUCGAUAGGCUUAGCCGUACAUCAAUCAAACUAUUGCCUGGUGCACGAACGCCUCCGCAACGUUGUCAAAGAUCUCAAAUUGGAGAGCGCGCUCUUCGGUCAGGUUAAGCUGCCAUGGGCAGUGUGGCCACGAAAAAGAGAAGAUGCACUUUUAAUAGCGAAUGGACUGCAACAUAGCCAUCUCUUGGCAAAGACCUGUAGACGGUGAAGCAGAGAGAGCAUUUUGCAUUUGCAUUUUUCUCUGGGGCAUGGUGAAGAAUACGAUGUGAAGCGACAUGGUGCAAGUGAGUCCUACAAAACUAGAAGCACUCCGAGAGCGCAGACCUAGGCCAAGCGAAAACAUAGCCGCCUGGAUUACUCCCAUUUAAUCGUUUGUUCCGUGGGUCAUUUCAGACCAUUCCUGAAAAUGCCAUCCAUAAUUGUUCGAGUUAUCUUGCGAACCAACAGAUAACGAACAGACAGACAAACAAACAGACAAACAAGCCCCGAUGAAAAGUGAUCGAGCGUCUAUCAUGACGUAGGCCUACAUCACACACACACACACACACACACACACACACACACACACACACACACACAUUCAUGUUGCUCUACCGACUGCAUAACAAGUUAGUAAUUGUUCCAGAUUCUGAAAUAGCUAGGAAAAUGUCAUGUGGCUGUUGUUAUCAGAAAAGAUUCUGGUUUACCUUAUUUGCACUGAAAUAGCUCAACUUUCUAUAGGCAAACCCUUAACAUUUUGCAAUAUAGACUAGGCCUUAUAUUUUGUUGAACUUAAAUAGGUUAGGCCUAAUAUUUUUUGCGUGUCUUGUAUUUUAAGGUGAAUUUGAUUCACUGAGAGCAUUCUUUUAGCUGCAUAAUGGACAGUUGACUAUUUUGAUAGUCCCAAUAAAGAAGAGAUGUUGCAAAAUUAGUAUGUUGUCUUUUAGGUAGUGUCUCAAUAUUUUGGUCGGUAGGCUUAAAAAAUAUUGCUUAGUAAAUUAGAUAGACAAUAUUGUACGUUUAAAGUUAUUACGUCUGUCCCACAUUGUCCCACUUUACCAUGCUACUUGUCCCACAUUUUGUCUGACUGGAGGUGGUCACCCUACUUACGAGGCAAUGGUGCCGAUGGAGGCUACGAGGCAGUCGGGGCGGCCAGGGCAGGGGAUGGAGGCGACGGAGGUUAUGAGGCACUCAAGGGCAAAGCGCAGGCUGAAGUGUACCACACUCUGCGGGGUCCCCAAAGUCAGGGUGCAGAUGGGGGGUAUGAAGCGCUGAAGCUCAAAGGGCAGGGUGAUGGUGAUGGUGAUGUGUACCACACUCUGCAGCAGCCCCAGGCCCAGGGCGCAGAGGGGGGGUAUGAAGCUCUGAAGGGCGCUAAGCAGAGUGAAUGUGAAACCUUAAAGUCAAAGGCAGGGGAUGGGGGUGGCGGUGGGGAACCGGAGUAGAAAGGGUUGUACCAAGCACUCCGAGAGCGCAGACCUAGGCCAAUCGAAAACGUAGCCGCCUGGAUUACUCCCAUUUAAUCGUUUGUUCCGUGGGUCAUUUCAGACCAUUCCUGAAAAUGCCAUCCAUAAUUGUUCGAGUUAUCUUGCGAACCAACAGAUAACGAACAGACAGACAAACAAACAGACAAACAAGCCCCGAUGGGGGGGGCUAUAAAAGAUAAAAAAGAGAAGGAUUGAUCAGAGGAGAGCGAUUGGUCAGGCUGAAGUGAUAUGAAUGAUCAGGCACAAAAACAUAUAUACUCUCACACACAUACCAACACAGAUCACAUAUGCACAGGCCAAUUUGCAUAGCAUUAAAUACCCUAACAUUUCCAAAACACAAGAAAAGCUGAUAAAUGGCACACAUAUACAUAUAUGCCUUGUUAGGCCUAUACCUGAGAAGUAUAAACUACACCUGGGUCAUAAGUUAUCAAACUAAAAUUAUACAGUUUAUCAAUAAUAAAUCAGUAUCAUGUUGGGUGCUUUGGGCAAGUGUAGCCAGUAGCACAGUAUGUAAAUACAGCACAGAGCAGGCUACUGCAGAGGGAAGAGUUGAGCGGAGUGACAGCGCUGUGGUCAGAUUGUUCAGGCGUGCAGGGCUCUGGAGUGCUCAGACAGCAGAGGGCUACAGGUACUGGCUGGGGUGGGCGGGUCUCUACAGAUGGGCGUGGAGUGGGGCCUGUAGAUGGUUUGCAUGUCAGAGGCGGUGAGCGGGUGAUCAUCCUCUGUGCUGUUGUAGUGAUGCACUGCAGGGUGGAGCAGCCAGAGCACCAUGCCCCAUGACUCAGGGGCGCCCAUGUACAGUAGAUCGUGACUGGCAGCAGAGUUCUUGGCUAUUGCCAAUGUGCUGGUAGAUCAGCACAAGUCGUGGCAAACUGGGGUGUACUAGUCAGCGGUCCAGCACAGUGUUUCAGGACUUUCAGGACAGUGGAGGAACCCCUAUCAGAUCCAGUGGCAUGACAAGAAUGCCAGAUCAAGUCAAGCUUUUCCUCCAUAGUCAACUGGUUGAUGCUUUCUCUAGCUUUUGCUCAGUGAUGGUUGAUAUGAAGCAGACAAAACAAAAUAUGCUUUUUGCAUUUACAGUUUCAGGGGUGGGUGGUGGAGGUUCAGAUGCAUCACAGCAGAUACAACAUUCACAGAUAGCACAACAUAUAUGCUUUUUUAAAUCAUCUCAUUUUAGUGUUAUUAUUUUCAUCAUUACCAUGUUGACAGUUUUGCAACUGUAUUGUAACAGACAUGUGGACAUUCAUAUGGUCAGAAAAUUGAGUGUGGCAAAAAAGCAGUGAUGCUGUGUAUUACUACACAGGCAAAAAUUAUUUAGAGGAGGAAAUAGGAAGUGAUGUUUGGUUACUAAAAUGAUGGCUAUGGAUGGCUGGAGGUGGGUAGGUUUAAACUUUUUUACAUUAUAUUUUCAGGAGAUCAAGCCUCCGAUUUAUAUAAGCAGAGUGUUUGUUAAGAAAUAUAUGUUUUAUUUUUAUAUACAUGUAUUAUAUUAUAUUGACUUUCAAAGCUUUUAUUCAAAUCAUGUUUUAAAAUGUGUGUGGUUUACUGUACCUGCCAAAUGAUACCUGUCAUCUAUUAAGCACUUUUUAAUCUUCUCUAAUGGUUUUUUUUUUAAAAUCACUUUGAAUUACCAAUGUGUAUAUGAAUUGUUGAAUAAAUUUGCAUUGCAAACUAUUACACUGGUGCAGUGUAACAGAGUAACGGUUACAGAGUGGAAGCUUGCAGCUGUAAACUACAAAUGGCAAAUAAUAAAGAAUUUAUUUAGAGUAA